AUGCCUCCAUUCGCAAGGAGCCACGGUCCGAUGCCCAACGGACCUCCCAUGCCGGCGGCAACCAGCGGAUACUGCACGGCUUGUCCGCGAUUGGCCCUUUCCCUGGUCCGCGAGUCUCUUGACGGUCAGCCAACACGAAUGUUGUCGGGUUCUGCGCUGGCCGUCGCUGCGCAAGACAUGAAGUCGGGAGAUGCAGCCCUGAUUGGUUGGGCUAACGUCUCCAUGUGCAUGCCAAAAGCGGGCCGUCCUGGGGACGCUAAAACAGAGGCUCGAGCGCCCGUCGGCCUAUGUCACUCGCUCCGGCUGCCCACGCCUGCCCUCAACCCACCCCGCAGGGCUGCCCCGAUUGGGCCUCGGCUCGAGAUGCCCUAG